CUAGUAGCCUUUUCCUGGUUUCACAGUUGACUGUCAGCAGAGCUCUACGAGUCAGGCAGCUGUUUGAAUCAUUCUUAUUUAGAACCUUGUGCCGAGCACAUAUCCCAGUAAAAUAAAAUAAAAAGCUGCCUUAAUUGAUAACGAACCGAAUCUUUGAUCAUGUCCACGAUGAAUAUUUUGCUGAUCCUCUGGUGUGCCGUGAUGCUGAUGCAGCCAGGAAUCGGCCAGAAGCUGCGCGUGAAGCGCUCACCAGUCUCCACUCUGGCUGUCCAUGCGAGCAACUCUACUUUUUCUACCAAGAUGUUAAGUCAAGCGCGCAGCAUUACAAUUGCAGCAACGCCCAAAAUGAUGACAACUAAAGCAGUGGCCACCACAGCCACGCCUUCAACUGUGCUCGCGUACUCCACUGGCUUCACAGCAGCUCCCACAACCAAAGCAGUUGCCACAACAAACGCAACCACAUCCACGCCAGAACUGGUCGCGAAUCUUAUGUCCGAACUGCAGAGCGCCAGACGCCGCCUUGACCUGUUGAAUGAUGAAAUUAUGGCCCACUCGAGCCGCAAUCCCGCUGCCACGUCUGCUCCUCCGCCCCGUUCUGGUCAUCGCUCGCCAAGAAUUCAAGAACUAAUGGCCCGCUACUGUCGCAACCGUCGCCAUCCCGCUUCUGUGUCUGUGGUUGCUGCCCAAUCUGCUCCCCCAUCGCCGCCUCGCGGUCGUCUAACGCUGAAGAGUGAUCCACAAAAUGCACGCAAGAAACGCAGCCACGCUUUGUUGCCGCACCACCUUCGUGGUUUCUACAGCAAGAGGCUCUUGCCGGAUGGCAAAACCGAGAUGGAGGAGUUCCAACUGGUGGCACCCAAAAUGACCGACGAUAACGCGCAGCAGGAACUCGACUAUGAGCCGAAAAUGGUGGCCCACAAUGUGGCCAGAAUUCGCCAGGUGAAGAAACAAAACGGUGGCCACAUUUUGACUCCCGCUGAGUACUAUCAGAAGCUGAAGACAUUGCAGGCUCUGCCGCCAAUGUUCGACAUGGCACAGAUGUUCCAGCAGCAGGCGCGUAUCUUUGAUUUGAUCGAUCACGCCGAUGACAUGACGCUGCGGCAGUUGCCCAAAUUAAUCGAUAGUCUUCUGAAGAAUGGCUUGGGAAUGGGGUUGGUGAUGGAUGCCAAAAAGAAUGAGAACCAGGUCCAGAACAACGAGGAGAAAGAGGAAAAGGUCCAGAAGAGCGAGGAGAAAGAGGAAAAGGUCCAGAAUAGCGAGGAGAAAGAGGAAAACGGCAAGCACGGCGAGGAAAAAGAGGACAAAGAGGACAACGAAGACAACGAGGAGAACGAAGAGAGCAAGUUCAACAAGCAGGAGGAGCAGCGCCGUCUACUGGAAGCCGCCAAGAAGAACGAACUCAAGAAUGCCUCACCCAACCGCGAGGAUGAGGAAGAAUUUGUCAUCAGCUGCCCAGUACGCCACGAUCACCAUGCCAAUCGCUAUGGGGAAAUAGUGGACGACGAUGUGGUCCUUGUCGACCAGUGUCAUGUUGCAUAGGGAAUUUAUGGGUUAGGUUUGUGUAGGACUAGGAUAGGUUAAUAGGAUUAUAGUUUAGAAUUCAAUUUUAGCUUGGGGCUUUCAUCUAAAUUUGUAGGUUUUGUGUUUAGUAUUUGGUUUUUAGUUGGGUUUUUUUGCCUUAGUUUAGCUAGGAAAUUGUUUAAAUAGUUUUUCCGUUUCUUUUCGGUUUUUUGUAAGCAAAACUUUGAAUGCCAAAAAAUGUUGUGAGGUCAUCUUUAGCAUAAGGAAUAUUAGUGUUUAGGA